UAAAUUAUCAUACAUUUGAUAUAAUGAUUAUAAGAUGUAAAUUAAUUAAUAAUUGAUUGAUUGUGAAGAGAGAAGUGUGUAUAUAACAUAAUGGGUGAUCACUUGAAUAACUUGGGAACCGUUGCCACAUCAGUGGCAUCGGUCACCACAUCAGUUGGUCACUCGCCUUCAUCUAAUAUGAAUCACGAAGCCAUCGGUGGUCCACCGAGCAAAAGACUAAAAAUGAGUGACUCAACUGAGACUAUAUUUAGUUAUUUGGAACUAUUACCUGAAGAAUUGUCUUCAAAUUCAAUGAAUACCAGUGUUGAUAACGGACUUCUUGGUGGUGUUGUUCUUAAUUCUAAUGUUGUGACCACUGCUACCGCUAACACAACGAGUUUAUCAUUAGUAAAUACAACACCACAACCAUCAUUACAACAGCCGCACCAAAACUUGUCUCAAUUAUUACAGUCUAAGACUGUCAACAAUAUCGGUCAACAGAAUCAACCGCCACCUCAAAGGAUGUUAGCAUCAACUCUUCAGCAACAGUUGGGUCAACCGCCACAACUUAGAGCUCAACCGCGUUAUGCCAGUCAACAGAAUCCUAAUCAACAAUUAGCUUCUGUUCCCCCACACAUGCAAAUCAUUCAACAACAACAACAGAAUCAACAACAACAUCAACCAUAUAUACAACAAUUUUCAGUUCAGACACCACAAGCAUCAUCACAACCCCGACAGACAUUACCACCGCAACAGUUUCGAUACAAUUUGCCUCCGAGUCAAUCACAGCAACCAAUGUUGCAAACGCCGGGUGUGAACCAAAUGUUAGCAAACACGCAAUUGAAACCAAAUCAGCCACCAAUGGCUACGGCGUCCAACACUGCAACUACUGAUCCCGAGAAACGUAAAUUAAUUCAACAACAGUUAGUUCUUUUACUUCACGCCCACAAAUGUCAACGAAGAGAACAACAACAACGACAGAAUGGUGGCACUGAACCACAACGACAGUGCUCUUUACCUCACUGUCCAACUAUGAAGAAUGUUCUCAACCAUAUGACUACCUGUACUGCCGGCAAAUCUUGUAAUGUGGCUCAUUGUGCCAGUUCAAGACAAAUCAUCUCUCACUGGAAGAACUGUACUCGUGGUGAUUGUCCCGUUUGUUUGCCAUUGAAACAGGCAUCAGAUCGGAGAGCAGCCGUUACAUUGGCUCAGCAGCAACAACAGACUUCAGUGUCACAAAUGCCAAAUCCAACACAAAUGGUGUCAACACCAUCACAAUCACAAUCUCCGUCUAUGAGUAACAUUUCAAACAUGAAUAAUAAUCAAACGACACCACAAGGACCUCCAAAUAAUCAACAGAUUCUUCAACAGCAACAGCACCAACAAGAUAUGCAACGCGCAUACCAAGCCUUAGGUCUACCUUUUAACAACUCAUCACCCAAUCCAUCUCAAUCACAGUUGUCUACAAAUCGUUUGGGACAAAAUCAAUCUCCAUUUUCACAACCGCAGACCAAAGAAUGGCACGGAUCUGUAACUCCUGAUCUGCGCAACCAUUUAGUUCAGAAGAUAGUUCAGGCAAUUUUUCCCACACCUGAUCCAAAUGCUGUUCAGGACAGACGUAUGGUAAACCUUGUGGCCUAUGCCAAGAAAGUAGAGGGAGAUAUGUAUGAUCAGGCAAAUAGUCGUGAAGAAUAUUAUCACUUAUUAGCAGAAAAAAUAUAUAAAAUUCAAAAAGAGUUGGAAGAGAAACGUCAGAAACGACGCGAACUAAAUAAUUUACAGUCACCGCAACCAACGAAUCAAAUGCCACCGACACCUAACCAAAUACCAUCAAUUCGUGGACAACCAACACAACAACAACAACAACAAAACAAUAUAAUAGGUUUAUCUCAACAGCGAAUGCCUUCAAUGAAUCAGCCGCCGCCUAAUGUGACGCUUACUUCACAAAACUUUAACCAACAGACACCUACCACAUCACUAUCACAGCAAUACUUUAUGUCUCCGGGUGUACCACAAACAUCAUCAGCUCAAACAUCUCAGCCACAAAUUAGACCACAAAUAAAUUCCAACAACAACAACAACACUAAUAAUAAUAGUAAUAGUAGCAAUAGUAGUAGUAGUAGUAGUAAUAAUAAUAAUAAUAAUCUAAAUAAUAAUUUAAUAAUUAAUAACAACUCAAACGUUAACAAUAACACAAUUACUACUUCUACUAAUGCUAAUAAUAAUAAUACUAAUUUAUUAAAUCAAACAUCUGUAAGCAAUGGAUCAGCAAUACAUACACUUUUGCAACAGUCGGCUCAACCAAAUACUCCACAACCAAUAUCUUCGACAGCGACACCUCCACCUCCUCGUCCACAGUCAGUUCCAACAAAUAUUCAAACUCCUCAAUCAGCAAUUGGUCAUAAAGGAGGACAAUCUGAAUCAAUUGCAUCAAUUAAAUCUGAGCCUUUAGAUGAAUUUGUUUCAAUGUCUUCGGCCACACCAACACCAGCAACUGCUACUCCUGUUUCAUCGGUUUCCGGUAUAAAACAAGAAACUGUGGCAUCAAAUGACAAUUUAAAUACUGCAGUAUUGAGUGUAAAUUCAAAUGAUGUGAAAAAAGAAAGUGAAGAAAUAGUUAUGAUAGAAGAACCGAAAAAAGAGUCGGUAGUCUCACCCGUAUCUCAAAGUGAUUCCAAUGAUGUAAAACCCGAUGUGAAACCACCGACGCCAUCGUGUACUGCCGUACAAUCGGCUUCCAAACCUGUUUCACGUCAGGCACAGAAAAAAGUUUUCAAACCCGACGAACUACGACAACAUUUGAUGCCAACACUUGAAAAAUUGUAUCGUCAGGAUCCAGAAUCACUACCUUUUAGACAACCAGUUGAUCCAACACUUCUCCAAAUUCCUGAUUACUUUGAUAUUGUUAAGCGACCGAUGGACUUAUCUACUAUUAAGAAAAAAUUAGAUACAGGUCAAUAUUCUGAUCCGUGGCAAUAUGUUGAUGAUGUUUGGCUUAUGUUUGAUAACGCCUGGCUUUAUAAUAGAAAAACAUCUCGUGUUUAUAGAUAUUGCACUAAAUUGUCUGAGGUAUUUGAAUCAGAAAUAGAUCCAGUUAUGCAACUUUUAGGCUAUUGUUGUGGUAGAAAAUAUGUAUUUCAACCACAAAUUCUCUGUUGUUUUGGAAAGCAAUUGUGUACUAUUCCGAGAGAUGCUAAAUAUAUGAGUUAUCAAAAUAAGUAUACAUAUUGUUUGAAGUGUUUUUCGGAAAUUCCUGGUGAAGUGGUGACAGUUGGCGAUGCCUUUGGUCUCGAUCCGACCUCAACGUCGACACAAACUAUUUCUAAAGACAAGUUUGUCGAAUGCAAGAACGAUCACUUAGACAUCGAACCAUUUGUUGACUGUAAAGAUUGUGGUCGAAAACUACAUCAAGUUUGUGUUCUUCAUCACGAAUCCAUUUGGACCGAAGGCUUUGUAUGCGAUGGAUGUUUUAGAAGAGAUGGUCGAAGAAGAAAAGAUAAUAAAUAUUGUGCAAAAAAAUUGCCAAAUACCAAAUUGGGUCAGUAUAUUGAAACUCGUGUUAAUAAUUUUCUUCGAAAGAAGGAAUGCGAUGCCGGAGAAGUGUCCAUUAGAGUUGUGGCCGCUUCUGAUAAAUACGUCGAUGUAAAACCCGGAAUGAAAGCGAGAUAUGUGGACACUGGUGAAUGGCCCGAAACAUUUCCAUACAGAGCCAAAGCAUUAUUUGCUUUUGAAGAGAUCGACGGAACAGAUGUUUGUUUUUUUGGAAUGCAUGUACAAGAAUAUGGAUCAGACAGUAGUCCACCAAAUACAAGACGUGUCUAUUUGGCAUAUUUGGAUUCAGUCUAUUUUUUCCGACCGAAGCAAUACCGAACUGCAGUAUAUCAUGAGAUACUUCUUGGAUAUCUUGAUUAUGCAAAGCAAUUGGGUUACACAAUGGCUCAUAUAUGGGCCUGUCCUCCAUCUGAAGGAGAUGAUUACAUAUUUCAUUGCCAUCCGACCGAACAAAAGAUACCUAAACCUAAGCGACUACAAGAGUGGUAUAAGAAAAUGUUGGAUAAAGGAAUCAUUGAGAGAAUUGUUUUGGAUUAUAAAGAUAUCUUAAAACAAGCGACAGAAGACAAUCUAAGAUUUUCUUCAGAAUUACCAUAUUUUGAAGGCGAUUUUUGGCCAAAUGUUUUGGAGGAUUCAAUUAAAGAGAUAGAAAUGGAACAACAAAAACAACAACAACAACAAAAUGACUCAAAAAAUAUAGAUUUAAUGAACAAUUCUGGAAAUCCUACCGAUGAAGAGUCAAUGGAUAUGUUAGACUGUAAUGACGAUCAAAAUAGUAAAAGUAUGGAAACAAAUGGUUCAAAAACCAAUUCUAAUAAAGAGUCAAAUAAUGGAAGCAAUUCCAAUAUUAAGCAAAAUAAGAAAUCGAGUGGAAAUAAAAAGUCAAAUAAAAAACAAAAUCAAAGGAAAAAUAAUGUCCAUAACGCCAGACACAAAAGUGGCGGAACUCCUGGCACUCAACAGAACUCACAACAGCCACAACUAACAGCAGCUCAACAAUGGGACGCAGAUUUGACCUCAAAGGUAUACGCGACUAUGGAUAAGCAUAAAGAAGUGUUUUUUGUUGUACGACUACAUUCGAGUCAAUCAGCGGCCAGUUUGCCUCCCAUUCAAGAUCUCGAUCCUCUUACCAAUUGUGAUCUAAUGGACGGUCGCGACGCCUUCCUUACUCUGGCCCGAGAAAAACAUUACGAAUUCUCGAGUCUUAGACGCGCAAAGUUCUCAAGUCUUGCAAUGCUUUAUGAACUUCACAAUAGUACUAAUGAUAGGUUUGUUUAUACGUGCAAUACAUGCAAAAGACAGGUUGAAACCAGAUAUCAUUGCACAACUUGUGAUGAUUUUGAUCUUUGUAUUAUUUGUUAUCAACGCGAUGGUCAUAUCCACCCAAUGGACAAACUAAGCUUUGGUGACCUAGUCGGUGGAGUGGCCGGAGAAGACGGUUCAGUUACUGGCGCCUCAGGAGUUGUUGCAUCUGGAGGUGAUUUGGAUGGAAGUGGAGAGAAUGCGACCGGUGGUUCAAAUAACACAUCUCCCGGAGAAUCGCGGCGUUUAUCAAUCCAAAGGUGUAUUCAGAGUCUGGUUCACGCGUGUCAAUGCAGAGAUGCCAACUGUCGACUGCCAUCGUGUCAUAAGAUGAAACGUGUUGUACAACACGCUAAGUCUUGUAAAAGAAAGUCUAACCAAACAGCUGCUGCUCCGGGAUGUCCUAUUUGUAAACAACUGAUAGCUCUUUGUUGUUAUCACGCGAAACAUUGCAAUGAAAAUAAAUGUCCCGUUCCUUACUGUAUUAAUAUUAAACAUAAAUUGAAACAACAACAAUUGCAACAACGAUUACAACAAGCACAUAUUCUUAAGAGACGUAUCGCUACAAUGGCCAGUAUGUCUCAACAGUCAUCACAACCACCACCACCACCAACAACGACACAACAUGACUUCACUCCUCAACAAUCAACUCCGCAACAACAUUACAUGAAGCCGGCAACAGUCACCCCUCCACCACCUGCUGCUCUUCAAGCAGUGCAACGCGUCCAAGAAGUGGUUGCUCGACAACAACAGCAACAACAACAGCCUCAGCAAAACCCUAUGAAUAAUCCUUAUGGAAAGGGAAAACCUAUGCACCACUACCAACAGUCAAGCAAUACUAAUCCAACUCCACAACAAAUUUUACCACAACCUCAACAACAGACUAUCAGACCUCCUGGACAGACACCACAACAAAUGCUUCAACAGCAUCAACAAAGGAUGCAAUUUAUUUCACAACAACAACAACAAUCACAACCACAACAACAACAACAACAGUGGUACGAUUCAGGCGGACAAAUCAGAGCACCUCAACAGUUACAACAACAGAGGUUUAUUAGGAUGCCUCAACAACAACAACCAAACCUGGCAUCACAACAACAACAACAACAGCAAAUGUUAGCUCAACAAACACAACAAAUACUUCCUCAGACCACUACUAACCAACAAUCUGUGCAAAUGAUGCACACAAAUAAUCCGUCACAACAAAUGCCGAUUCAGCAAACUUUACAACAGAAUCUUUUGCCUUCCGUUAUGUCUAAUGUUGGACCUCAACAACAACAACAACAACCGCAACAACAACAACAAAUUAAUCAGGGAAUGGUUGGACAACAGAUGCAGAAUACGAUGCCAUCCGGUGCCCCACAAAAUUUAAUUCCAGGAAAUGCAUCGCAACAACAACACGCUCUCCAACAACUUUUAGCAACACUUAAAUCUCCCGCAUCUCCUCAACAACAACAACAAGUGUUAACAAUUCUUAAGUCUAACCCGGCAUUAAUGGCAGCCUUCAUUAAACAAAGAACUGCUCAACAGCAGCAACAACAACAAAUGCAGGCACAGCAACAACAAAUGCAGGGACAGCCACAGCAAAUGCAGGGACAGCCACAGCAAAUGCAAGGUCAACCACAGCAAAUGCAGGGACAACCGCAGCAAAUGCAGGGACAGGCACAGCAAAUGCAGGGACAGCCACAACAAAUGCAGGGGCAGCCACAACAAAUGCAGGGACAGCCACAACAAAUGCAGGGACAGCCACAGCUUAUGCAACAACAACAGCCGCAAAUGAUUGGUCAACCACAGCAAAACCAACAACAACAACAACAAUGGUUUCAACAGCAGCAGCAGCAACAACAACAACCGCAAAGACAACAAAUGAUUACACAAAGACAAACAUUGCAACCACAACAAAGGUUAAUGACUGGUCAGCAGCAACAACAACAACAAAUGUAUCCAACAGUUACGCCCAGAUAUUGGGCACAAAAUCCCAGUCAAGGAAAACCCCAAAGAGGAGGAACGGCACAAAUGAUGAGAUCGCCACCACAACAAAGACUACAAACGCCUCGAUAUAUGAAUACCGGUGUUCAACAACAGCAACAACAACCUCAAGACCCGACAGAUAUGUUGUUAUUUCAACAACAAAACGAUUUCGGGUUACAACAAAAUCCACAACAAAACCAACAAGAGUUGACACCUCAGGACCAGUUGACUAAAUUUGUUGAAAACUUGUGAAAAUUGUGAAUUACACUAUCAAUGAAUUGAAUUCAUAGUGAAUUGUGAUUAUUUUGAGUGACUGACUCUUUUUUGGUGACAAUAAGUGAUUGAACUUUUUUAAGUCGUUAUAUACUCUUAAUGCUAUUGCAAUGAUUAUAUUAAAUUAUUAUUAUAUUAUUAU